UUUUGACAGACGAACGUUCAAAUAACUAGUGUAAUAUUCCGAAAAUUGAACUCGAAUUUUAUAUUUAAUCCGCAAUAAAUCACGUAAAAAUACUUUAUCUUUGACGAUUUACAAUGUCUUUUGGAUUAUUCUCUGCUGUUAAAGCUAAUUCCGUUCUAAAAGAAUUUGUGCGAAAUGCAAGUAAAAAGACAGGAGGCAGUACACAGAAUACAAACUGCAAAGUAAAACCUAAACACAGAGGCUGGAAGGUGCAGGAUGGUCACUUCGUUCAGCAGGGUCAUAUGUUAGCAACUCAGAGGACUCCUAGAUUCCAUCCUGGUCUGAAUGUUGGUUUCGGUCGCAACGGCACUCUGUUUGCAAUGGAAGCUGGUCGGGUGGUAGUCACUUGUGAAAAGUUUGAUGCCGACUGGGAACACACUUGGGUACAGCGGAUAUAUGGGGGACGAGAAGACCAGACGAUAUACAAAAAAUAUUUUAAUGUGAUCCCGGAGCCUCAGCAUCAGAGAUUCAAGCUUAUUGAUGAAGUUUAAUUUAUUUAUGUAGAAAUAUGUACUAUAACCUGUAUUAGAGAUAGUAGCAAAUAAAUUAUUGU